UAUCAAGGACACUUUUCGACUUUUUUUAAGUUCCAUGCCUAGUAGUACAUUUCCUGUUACAGUUCUUCAAAAUUCUGUCAAGGUAACCAAUGAGCCUCCGAAAGGUUUACGUGCAAAUAUCAGACGAGCAUUUACUGAAAUGACACCUUCGUUUUUUGAAGAAAAUAUACUUGGAAGAAAAUGGAGACAAAUAAUAUUUGGCGUUUGCUUCUUCCAUGCAAUUAUUCAGGAGAGAAAAAAGUUUGGCCCCCUUGGUUGGAACAUCUGCUACGAAUUUAAUGACAGUGACAGGGAAUGUGCUUUACUAAACCUCAACCUUUAUUGUCAAGAAGGAAAGAUUCCCUGGGAUGCAUUGAUUUACAUUACUGGUGAAAUUACAUAUGGUGGUAGAGUUACAGACACCUGGGAUCAAAGAUGCCUUCGUACGGUCUUAAAAAGGUUCUUUUCUCCUGAAACAUUAGAAGAGGAUUAUAAAUAUUCGGAAUCAGGCAUCUAUUUUGCACCUUUGGCUGACAGCCUACAAGAGUUUAAGGACUACAUUGAAAAUCUGCCUUUGAUGGAUGACCCAGAAAUAUUUGGAAUGCAUGAAAAUGCCAACCUAGUUUUCCAGUACAAAGAGACCAACACUUUAAUCAACACCAUACUUGAAGUUCAGCCAAGGUCGUCAUCUGGUGGAGAGGGAAAAAGCAAUGAUGAAAUUGUCCAAGAACUUGUUGCUUCAGUCCGGACCAGAGUUCCAGAAACACUAGAAAUGGAGAGUGCAUCGGAGAGCCUUUUCAUCAGGGAUCCUCAAGGACGCCUUAACUCCUUGACUACCGUGCUCGGACAAGAAGUGGACCGCUUUAACAAGCUACUGAAGUUAAUACAUACGUCUCUGGAAACACUCAACAAAGCCAUCGCCGGCUUAGUGGUGAUGUCUGAAGAAAUGGAGAAGGUGUAUAACAGUUUCCUCAACAACCAGGUUCCUUCUCUGUGGUCCAGCACAGCCUACCCAUCCCUGAAGCCACUAGGAUCAUGGGUCAAAGACCUUAUCCUGAGAACUGCGUUUGUGGAUUUGUGGCUCAAAGGGGGGCAGCCUAAGUCCUUCUGGAUCUCCGGUUUCUUCUUUCCUCAAGGAUUUCUAACAGGAACUCUUCAAAAUCAUGCUCGGAAAUACAAUUUGCCUAUAGAUGAGCUGAGUUUCAAAUACAACAUGAUUCCUACCUACCGGGAUCAAGCUGCAGUUAUAGAAGCUGCCAAGACAGUGCAGUUUGGACAAGAAUUGCCCAUGGACUUGGAGUUGCCCUCUCCUGAGGAUGGUGUUCUUGUUCAUGGAAUGUUCAUGGAUGCUUCUCGAUGGGACAAUACGGAGAUGGUGAUAGAGGAUGCAUUGCCAGGACAGAUGAAUCCAAUGCUGCCUGUGGUGCAUUUUGAACCUCAACAAAAUUAUGUGCCAAACCCAACACUUUACCACUCCCCACUUUAUAAAACAGGGGCCCGGGCAGGAACACUCUCAACCACAGGUCAUUCAACCAACUUUGUGGUGACUGUCCUCUUACCCUCCAAGCGGUCCAAAGAUUAUUGGAUUGCCAAGGGAUCGGCUUUACUCUGCCAGCUAAAUGAGUGAAAAAUUGCCACCUCCUGCUAAAAAAGAACCAGGCCAAGAUCUUUCCUGAUGGGGGACAAAGGUCUGCAAAACUUAUAUGUGAGCAAAACAGCUUUCCUUCAGAUCUGACUUAAGGGUAGUAAGUGUGGUUUUUCUCUUCUAAUCUAAAAUAAAGUGUUUGAGUGUUUCUUCCUGUUGG